AGGUUAUAAUUUAGUAUCCCACGUGUCUGUACCAAGCACUCGUUGUUUAUAAUUUUUUUUAAUAACCAAAUCCUAUAAAUAAACAAAAAAAAAUUUGUUGUACAUAAAUAUGACGUAUUAAUAUUUUAUUUAACAAUUGAAAAUAUAUAUGAUUUAUAUAUUGUAGUAAAUAACGUAAGCAAUAAUGGCAGUGAAAAACUAUCAGUAUAAAAAAAAUCUAGUGAUAGCCCAAGAAAUAAAAUUCGCACGAGAACUUGCGGAUAAUAAUAAAAAUGCGCGUGCGAAAAAAUUAAAAAAGUUAAAGACAUGGUUGACAAUACGUUCCAAGAGUACCAUUGCAUUCUCUGAACUAGACUUCAUGAGAAUAUGGAAGGGUCUGUACUACUGCAUGUGGAUGUCCGACAAACCGCUGGUGCAAGAAGAACUCGCGGAAUCAAUCAGCCAGUUGGUAUUUUGCUUCGAUUCAAAAGACGUGGCUCUGCUGUACACAAAAUGUGCACUGAACACUUUGUCUACUGAAUGGUUCGGUUUAGAUCAGUACAGAAUAGAUAAAUUUGAAAUGUUGGCCCGAAGAAUAAUCCGCCAGACAUUUUUGAUUUGUAAAAAAAUGGCUUGGAAUGAAGAAUGGGUCAAAGGUUUUGCUGAUGUAAUUGAUUUUAUUUUGUCAAAUGUCAAAGGAUCGUUGGGAUUCAGGUUCCAUAUCAUUGAAGUCUUUAUGGAAGAACUGGCUAAGGUAAGCGAGGGUAAUAUACAUGAAGAUCUGGUUACUCAAUUACUCAGACCAUUCGCUAAAUAUUUGGGAUCAUUGCGUGAUGACAGAGAAAUUAGACAUGUUACCAAACAUAUAUUUAGGUAUUUAAUAUUUCAAUCUGAUGUCGGAAUGGAUUAUAUGGAAAAAUUUGACGCUUGGAGAAAAGCUGGUUUUCCUAUGGGCAGUAUCGAUGCAAUGUCCAAAGUAGAAGUUGAUGAUGAUGAUGAUGAUGAUGAUCAAGCAGAUGAUGAGAGUGGAGCUGAAGAUGGGGAUAAAAAAUCAGGAGAAAAACCUCUUGAUCCAAGAGCGGGCCGUGUAGAUGUCGAAUUACCUCAAGUGCCUUUUAAUCCUGGUCAAAUUGCUGAGUUACUAGAGGAGUACAAGAGGCAGCCGUCGUCGAUUGCGAAAACUCGACGGCAAGUGAAGAAAUUGAUCUAUGAAUUCACCGAUUUGUCGCAGGGUGAAAUGCCGAUCGGUGUUAAAACCGUCGAAGUUUUUAAAAAGAAACCUAGAGAUGUAAAUCCGUCUAAAGCUGCCGCGCGAUUUCUGGCUUUUGAAGAAAAACUUUACUCUGACUCUAAGCUACGGCUGCUGAGGAAGAAGAAAAAAAAACGGGUUCUAGAGCUCAAUGCCAAUGGAAAUGUUGAUGAUGAUGAUGAUGAUUUGGAAAAACCAAAGGCUAAGAAGCGGAAAGUAGCUAAAGAUGAAAAAGAAGUCAAUGAAACUCCAGAAAAAGUGACGAAGAAAAAAAAAGUUAAAGAAGCUGAGGUUUUAUGCAACGGAGAUGCGAAAGACGAAUUGAAAUUAAAGAAGUCAAUUAAAAAAACAACUCAAGUGAAGGAUAAAAAAACGAAAAUAAACAAAUUAAAGAGUCGGCGGAAUAGUAUCCUGAGCCAAAUGUUUGAUGAAAUUGAUGACUUCGCUGAUUUCCAAGCUUCUGGACUAGCGAAGAAGAAGAAACAAGUAAAAUAUGAUUUCAAUAACAGUUGGGAUGUGUCAGUAAAUGAAUGCCCGUCUACUCCAACAUCUCCAGUCGCCAAGUCUCCGGUUCCAGAUUCUCCGGCCAGCCCACCUCCAUCUCCACCCACUCCUGUGCCCGAGAAAAUUUUAAAUCCUCCAGUACUCUCAACUCCGCACUUUCCCGCGUUAAAAAAAGUUAAAAUUCAAGAGGUGCUUAGUGUCGAGGCUCCAGUAACAAACGAUACUGGAUCAAGUUUAAAAAAACGUGUUAAAAUCGUAUUACAACGUAAUACAGCUCAAAACACAUCCGAAUAUAUAAAACAAUUACGCUCGAGCCCAGCGAUUCCAUUUGACGCCAACAGGAAACCACUCGCUGGUGUCCUCAAGCCGAGUCCGAUCUCCAGCCCGAUAAAUCCAUUCUACAGAAAACUAAUGUAGAUAAUUUAAAAUAAAUAAACUAAUUGUAAUUAAAUAUGGAUGUCUUUUAAAUUUGAUAAAUAAAACAAAUAAUUAAAAUAAUU